AUUGUAGAAUUCCAGUAGGCCUACUGUGACCUAAUGAUAAAGGUCAGUGCGAGGAAACCGGAGUGCAGAACUUAGUUGCAAAGAUGCAAUACAGCCGACCAACACUUGUUUCCAACUGGCACAAGAAUAGAGAAGCAGAGCCCAAAGACUAUGACUUCAGUACAUAUCCGGAUGGAAAGAAGUGCCAUCAUAAGUCCACAUAUAAACAUAUUGGGACAUACAAAGAUGCUGACUGGAGCACCACAUCAAACAGCCAGUUGUCUGAGUGCUUCAAGAUGAAGAAAGACUACACUGUUCAACUUCCAACAAAGAUGAUGAUUCCAUCGGUGCUACUCCAGUUUGACAGGGAUGCUCUACCCGGAUGCUCUCAGGGAUGCUCUCAUUACAACAGUGCCCUUCCUCGAUACCCCCCUGGCUAUAACAAAAUGGACUUUGACACGACACACAAGCUGGAUUACGCCCGUCCGUAUCACAUUCAGACUGAUGUGGUCACGGUGGAGAAGAUGGCUGCCGCCAAGCCUCUACCUGACUUCCGCCGGCGUCAGUCAGAGUUCACCGACGUGGCGGAACACAAGCGAGUGGGCCAGAACACUUGGCAGGACGACAAGGGAGCGCAGGGCCGGCCAAGGGUCAUAUACGCACCCCGCGGCGGCCGCAACCAGUCCAAUUUCACCCUCCAGUAACAUGCUGAGCGAUGAUGAGCAGGGAGUCUGCUCUGGCAUGUUGCUUUAGUGCCAUGUGUGGUCCGGUAAUCCUGGUAAUAAAUGUAAAUCUCUCGCA